AUGCCACCAACGUUGAGCAAAGAUGAAAAAUUAGAGCAGAGAGCAGUCAUAAAAUUCCUUCAGAAGACAGGGGGUAAACCCAGUGACACUAUAAAGGAGUUUAAACAAGCAUAUGCUGCGUGUAAUAGCAAUCCAGAAGCAUGCAUGUCAUAUAACUUGAGAAAAAUUGAGGAUAGGACCUAUCGGGCUGUAUGUGAAUUAAAUGGACCAAGUAAAUCACUCCCGACGGAUACAACAGAUGAUGUGGACUACUUUGAAAAAGGGGCACCAGACUACUGCUAUUAUCAACAUAAUGGUGAAGUUAAUGUAGGUUCUGUGGACACAUUUCGAGCUCAGUGUAGGAAUGGAUGGUUGGUUUUUGCUAAUCGGUACAAUGGAUCGGUAGACUUCAACAAAAAUUGGACAGAUUACAAAAAUGGAUUUGGUUCCAUUGACGGGGAAUACUUCCUUGGUUUUGACAAAAUACUCUCUAUCUUAAUACAAGGAAGUCACAAACUCCGUGUUGAGCUUACAACCUGGCCAGACAAAGGAAAUGUUAUGAAGUAUGCUGAAUAUGGUAGCUUCAACCUAACAGGAGAGAACGAUUAUUACAGACUGAGUGUAUCGGAUCAUUCUGGAACUGUCGCUGAUAUGAUGGGACCUAGUAAUGGCAAACAAUUUACUACUGAUGAUGAAGAUCGUGAUGAGAUGGUUGGAAAUAAUUGCGCAUCAAUAAAGAGGGGCCCUUGGUGCCAACUAAUAUCACCAGACUCUCAGGAUAGUGAGAUUGAGGAUAAUACCCUAUCAGCUAAUCAACUUGGGGACCUGUCAACCUCAACCCACAACCUAACCAGUGAAGAUGGUAUUAGUCUACAAUGUCAAGAAGGGGCUACCCCUCCCUCAUCAGCAUUACGCCGCUCUACCCGUGCUAAAGCGCCCACCGCAAGACGACUAAAGACACCCAAAACCCCACAUACAACACAAUCAAAACCCAAAAGGGGACGCCCUCGCAUUGCCCAAUCUCAACCCCUCCCAUCCAAAUCUAGUGCAGCUACUUCUAAACAGAGAAAAUCAACUGAUACAUUCGAAACUGAAGUGCUCUCACUUCUCAGGACACUCCGCACAUCCCUUGAUGUAACCAAUGCUUCUCUACCUGCAGUGCAGAAGACUAACUGUGAUUUGGUCAGUCAGCUUGCAGCCAAAACUGCUGAAUGA